AUAAAUAUGAAUAACAGAAUUAAUAACACUGAUGACUUAUUGCCUCCGCAAAAUGUAGCUGCCGAAGAACUUUUACUUGGUAGUAUUUUACUUGAACCAGAUAAUUUCGCUCAGGUAUCCUCGAACCUGCCAAUUGAAGCUUUCUAUAUUACUGCUCAUCAAAAAAUUUAUAAAAUAAUUCUGAAUUUAUAUUUAGAAGAUAAAAGUCCAGAUUUGAUAACUGUAGCUGCAGUUUUACACGAUUUAAAUUUAUUAGAAGAAAUCGGUGGUUUAAAUAAACUAAAAAAAAUGGUAGAACAAACAAUUUCUACAUAUAAUAUAGAACAAUAUGCAGCUUUAAUAAAAGAAAAAUAUUUAAGACGUUGUUUGAUUGAUUCUGGAAGAGAAAUUACAAGCUUGGCAUUUGAUUUUAAUUCUAGAAUAGAAAAUUUAUUUUUUAAAGCUGAACAAUCUUUAUUCAAAGUGAUUCAAAAAAAAGUAUCUAACGAUUUAUUGCCAGUUAGUGAUAUUUUAUUAGAUACUUUUUUAGAUUUAGAAAAUAGAUUAAAUAACAACAAACUGAAUGGGUUAUCUUCUGGCUUUGAAGAUUUAGAUUCAAUGACACAAGGAUUUCAAAAAAGUGAUUUAAUUAUUAUUGCUGGGCGCCCAUCAAUGGGCAAGACAGCAUUCGCAUUAAAUAUUGGAUUUAAUGUAUGUAAUAAAGAAAAAAUUGUUGUAGCAAUUUUUUCUUUAGAAAUGUCUAAACAACAAAUUCUUUAUAGAAUUUUAUCUUAUAAAACUUUAAUUUCGUUAACUAAACUGAGAUCUGGAAGGCUGAGUUCAGAUGAAUGGAAGAUAAUCAAUCAUGCACUAAAAGAAUUACAUAGUUUAGAAUUAUAUAUUGAUGAUACAAGCUAUUGUUCUAUUAAUGAAAUUCGCUCAAAAAUUAAGAGAUUAUUAAGCAAAAAAAAUAGUUUAGGUCUAAUAAUUAUUGAUUACCUACAGCUGAUGGAGUCACGUAAUAAAUUUAAUAAUAGAGUUCAAGAAUUAUCUCAAAUUACAAGGUCCUUAAAAAAUUUAGCCAAAGAAUUUAAUAUUCCUAUAUUAGUAUUAUCACAAUUAAGUCGUGCUGUAGAAUCAAGACUUAACAAAAGACCCUUAUUGUCUGACCUACGAGAAAGCGGUUGUAUUGAAAAAAAUACAAUACUAAUAAAUCAUAAAUUAGAUGAAAGUCUAGUUGUAGAGAGCGUAUAUACUAAUAAAAUAAUAAAUUAUCAAACAUAUGUUUUAAAUAAUAAUAAAAAAAAUAUAACUACUUAUUCAAUAAAUAAUAUAAAAUUUACUGGAUAUAAAUAUACUUAUCAAAUAUUGUGUGAAGGAGGAUUAUAUAUAAGAUUAACAUCAAAUCAUAAAAUUUUAACAAAUAAUGGUUGGAAAAGGACAGAUAAUAUAACUCCAAAAGACAAGAUAUAUUAUAUAUGUCAUUCUAAUUCAUAUUACAGAAAUAGUCUAAUAAAAUUAAUCUCAGUCAUUAGUAUUAUAUACUACUCAAAAGAGAAAGUAUAUGACCUAGAAAUUACAGAAUAUAAAAAUUUUAUAGCAAACUACUUUAUAGUCCAUAAUUCCAUAGAACAAGAUGCAGAUUUAGUCUUAAUGUUAUAUAGACAAGACUAUUAUAAUCAUAAUGGAAUAGAUGAUAACACUUGUGAAAUUAUAAUCACUAAGCAAAGAAAUGGUCCAAUAGGAACAGUUAAAUUAAAAUUUGAUGCUACCACUACACAAUUUUCUACUUUUACUUUACCUUAUACGAAGAAUAAAGUAAAUUAAUUUAUUAAACUUCAUUACAUGCCA